ACAGCAUCGACACUCGCACAGACGAAAUUGUGAUACGCAGAGAUUUUCGCGGGUGUCUUUGCAGUGAUACAGCCAAGACUGUUGGUGUUUGGAGGCCUCCUCUCUUGCCACAGAAGCGGGGAUUGCGUGGUGGCUAAGAUGCAUCAGACGCCGAGUGCAUACAGAUCCCGUCCAGUCUCUGCUCUGUACCACUUCGAAUAUAGGCUCUGUGUCCUACAUAUCCAAGUACUUCUAAUCGAUACAGCUAAAUGAGUCCAUAUCAAGUAUCAAUAGCCGUGUAAUAGCCGUCAGCUUGUGUUCUGCACGCUGAGUGGUCAUGUCCACUGCAUUAAAUGAAAGUGUCUACCUGAUGCUCGUUACGAGUGUCUAUCCUCAGUGGCACCAACAUUACCCAUAACUCAAAGUAUCUCUACUACAACGCACUUUUUUCCCUCUACUCUCAAAAUCGACCUUGAUUGUUGAUAUGCUCCCUAGCAACGCGAGGGGCACUCGCUGUUCUCCUUUUUGAGGUCUCAGAUGCCCACUUCGAGCAGCAGUAGGGAUAACAUAGUGCUGCCACUUGCAUACUAUCUCAGCACCUUUUACGUAUUAGAUAUCUAUUUUUGUUUUUAUUCUUUUUUAUUUUUUUCACGCUGAUGCAGCCAUUCAGGGGGGGAGCAGUUGUGGCUUUUCUUUCUUUUCUUUUUUUCUCCUGCCUGGCCCAAUCAAGACAGAGUAGACAAGCCUCAGUCCGUUAUAGUAGGGCUGUUUGUGAGGACGUGCGCCUGCGCCAAAAGCACUGGCCGGGUUCGACGGCCCGCAGAGCUACAGCAGAGCUUUUGGGGUCGGAGCUGAGGUUGCAAAGGAUGAGAGCUGAAGAGUGUGGCGGCCAAAUCUGCUGUACGAAGGAAAUUGACUAUUCUGCAGCCAGCAUUAAACAAAUCUUGGGGCAAGAGAGUGAAAGUAGAGAAUAAGAGCUGCUUCAAGAAAAGAAGAGACAAAAGAAAGAAAAAGAGGGUCCAAAUUGUCAUCCCCACGACCGUCUCUGCUAGCGGCCCCAUUAGGAAUUGGGAUCCUCUGGUGCUAAUUGCCCUUCUCGGCUCACGCAAGAACGUUGAUGGAUCCGUUACCAUGUAGCCUUUUUCAACUUGUCAUUUCAUCUCUUUUGCUUGGAUCAUGAUACGCUGAAACCGAUGACGUUGAAACUCCUUUUCUGGUCUUCCCUUAUUCUCACCUUUCGCCUUGCCGAUGCUUAUUUUGCGUGAUGACGGGUGGAUCUCUGGCUUUUCGUCCCUGGUCUGCUUCGGUAUCAAGUGCUGGUGGCGCGGGCAGAGCUGACGAGACCAUGUCGCCGCCUUCGGGUACC